AUGGACGAAUCGUCGGAAUCCUCCUCCUUUGCGACCCAAGCAGGAUAUUCGACCAUUUGCAAGUGCGGAAGAAGCUUCGCUCAGCUAAAUGCAUAUGCAAAUCAUCAACGCACGUGUAAAAAGAGGAAGAAAUACCUUUCGAAUGCGCUAGCGAAGGCAAAGGAGGUGUGGACUGCGAGGAAAAGGCCGUGUAAAGAAGAUGAGCGUGAUGAGCCAGCCCACAGUCACCCUCCAACCUGGUAUGACUUGGAUACCGCAACUCCAAGUCAGGCUCUGUCCAUCGGUUCUGAACAGGCUUUUAUUGAUGGAACGGAACUUAAUUCAGGGUUGGGAUCAGACCUUGCAGUUGCAGGUGUGGCAGGUGUCGAAGUUGAUCGCAACGGCGGGUGUGGUCCCUCGGAACCUUCGCACGCGGUUGACGAUCAAGAGUCACUUGCUCAGCAUCGUCCACGACGCCUCAAUCGCUGA